ACGUGGAUAGUCUUAGGGGCACCACGCAGAGAAUUUUGGUCUCGAUUCAGGGUUUACUCAAAGCAUUACUUGAAGAAUCUUCAAGGUGCCACAUUGUAACAAUGAUUCAGCUGACAGCUACCCCUGCAAGCACGCUGACUGAUGAGCCAGUGCACAUCCGAGCUACAGGCCUGCAUUCCUCUCAGAUAGUGAUUUUUCAGGCAACACUGGAAGAUGAAAAGGGGAACCUGUUUAAUUCUCAAGCCUACUAUAAGGCCAGUGAGGUUGGUGAGGUAGACCUGGAUCAUGCUCCUUCACUUGGAGGUGACUAUAUAGGAGUCCACCCCAUGGGUCUCUUCUGGUCCCUGAAACCUGAAAAUUUUUUAACUAAAUUGAUGAAAAGAGAUGUGAUGACUAGCCCCUUCCUGGUCCAGAUAAAACUUUAUGAUUCAAAUUUACCAUUAGCCCAGAUUGCUGCCACUGAUCCAAAAGUCAGCGUGACUUUGGAGAGGUGGUACAGAGCACCUGGUGUCACACGGAUCCAAGUUCAAGAAGGCCACCUUCGGGGAGCCCUCUUUCUCCCUCCUGGAGAGGGCCGUUUCCCAGGGGUAAUUGACUUGUUUGCUGGUAUUGGUGGGCUGAUUGAAUACCGAGCCAGUCUCCUGGCCAGUCAUGGCUUUGCUGCGUUGGCCUUAGCCUACUGUGACUAUGAAGAUCUGCCUUUACACCCAGAAAAAAUAGAGUUAGAAUAUUUUGAAGAAGCUGUCAACUUUCUCCUGAGACAUCCGAAGGUCCUUGGCCCAGGCGUUGGGAUAGUUUCCAUAAGCAAAGGAGCAGAGAUUGGACUCUCCAUGGCUAUUCACCUAAAACAGGUCAUAGCCACCGUGCUUAUUAAUGGACCCAACUUUGUAUUUAGCACUCCACAGGUAUAUCGCGGUCAAAUUAGUCAGCCCUUGUCCUUCUCUCCAGAGUUAGUAUCUAUCAAUGCCUUAGGGUUAGCACAGUUCCAGUAUUGUUUUGAGGAAGCUAGAAGUAAAGCCAGUGAGAGCUUUUUUCUCCCCAUUGAAAAGGCCCAGGGACAUUUCCUCUUCAUUGUGGGAGAAGAUGAUAAGAGUAUCAACAGCAAAGCAUAUGCUGAGCAAGCCACAGAACAGUUGAGGAGAAAUGGGAAGGACAAUUGGACCCUGCUAUCAUACCCUGGGGCAGGCCACAUGUUAGAGCCUCCCUAUUCCCCACUGUGCUGUGCCUCAAAGCUCUCCAAACUCCACCUGUUCAUGCAGUGGGGAGGAGAGGUGACCCUGCAUGCAGCUGCACAGGAGCAUUCUUGGAAGGAGAUCCAGAAGUUUCUCAGGAAGCAUCUCAUUCCAGUUGUGACCAGUCAACUCUGAGAAGAGAAAAUGUUCCUGAGAAAUAGAGAAGCAAUAUCAGACCUUCACUUGAUUUUCAUGGAACAAUGUCUUUGACCUCUUAUUGCGGGAGGUUAUAAUAAGAGAAAGCAAGAGGAUGGCAAUGGUCAUGUCUUGACCUGGAAAGGGAAAAGUGGUUCCCACUUAAUCCAGCAUC